CGUUCCCACUGAUUCGUUGCUCGAUAAGCUAAUAACUGAGAGAGACUUGUACUAUAUACUAUAUGUACAUAUAGUGUAUUGUAUAUAGAAACCAGCGUUUUGUUUAUAUUUAUAAAUUAUGAAAUCACAUAAAUUGCACAAGUUUCAAAUGCUGUUGAUGCUGACAAUGAUUGCCGCCAGCGCGUGGAGUCAGCCAUACAUAAAGCCGGAAGCAUUGCCAACAUUAACAUCGUCGUCACAUCAAGCGCCAGUACAAUCAAUACAUCAACCCUUUUUAGUUAUACAGAAUAAUGUCAAGAAUCUACAAGAUUUAAAGGAUUAUGAAAUAAGGAUACCAAAAGCACCACAACAAAAUGAACCAUGCUUGACCAUAACAUGGAAAACGAAUCCCGAUGGCAGUGGACCAGAUGAUCCAAAGAUCUAUUAUGUUGAUGGUUAUUUUCGUAUAAUGCCAUCGAUACGAGAACGAGGGCAACAACAACAACAACAACGACAGCCGGAGCAAAAUCAGCGGCAGUAACUGGAUCAUCCUCUAUAUACAUAUAUUUAUUUCACGUUUUACGAACCUAAGAAAGGUAUUAUUGAAUCAAAAGUUCUAAAAACCAGAGAAAAAAAAAAACAAGAAAAAUCUAAAAACAAACUCUUUGGAAAUGCAGAUUUAUUUUACCCUAAAAUGGUCUCUAAUUUUUUUCUUAAUUUAAAAUAUUUUCUAAAAUUGUCUUCAUUUGUCUAAAAAUUUCCAAUUGCUUAAAGUAAAUAGCAUUCAAAUUUCUACUU